AUGCCACGGUCCUUUCUGGUGAGGAGGAAGCACGAAGCAGGUGGUGUAUGGACAUGGGAAGAUGCUCAAAACUCAUCCUGGAUCAAUCACAUCAAUGCAGCAGGAGCAGUGAAGGCAACUGACGCUGUUGGUCUGCAGUCAGUGCCAUCAUUAAACAGUGUUCCUUGUGGACCGGUAAACACAUCCAGCAGGACUGACCUGGAGUCAGCAUACACGUCCAGCAGUAAUGAAUCAGGAACAAUGAGUCCUGAACACUGCCACUCUCAGGAGCCUCCUCAGAGUCUCUUUCAGACAAUUCCUCCCUCUGAUUCUGCCUCAGCCAAGGUUCCUGCCGCCAGUUCUGGAGACUUCCAGUGUCCUGUUUGCCAUAAAAUUUUCCCACUCCAGCGUAUGCUGACACGCCACCUGAAGUGCCAUAGCCUUAUCAAGAGGCACCCGUGCAGGUACUGUGGCAAAGGCUUCAACGACACCUUUGACCUGAAGAGGCACAUGCGCACACACACAGGUAUCCGGCCAUACAGGUGUGAGCUGUGUGAGAAGGCUUUCACGCAGCGCUGCUCACUGGAGUCUCAUCUGCGUAAGAUCCAUGGCGUGAGGCAGCAGUACGCGUACCGACAGCGACGCUCCAAGAUCUUCGUGUGCGAGGACUGCGGCUUCACUUCCAGCCGGCCCGACGAGUACUUCAUGCACGUGCGUCAGAGGCAUCCGGAAAGUCCAGCAUUGCGCAGAUACUACCGUAAGCACAUGCAGGAGACGCCCACUCAGCCACGCAUCUCGCCCUUCAUGCUCUACCCAACCACAGCGUUUUACAUGUGAAACCCUGCGCACUGUCUCUCUGACCCUCUGCUGUUACAGCUUGUAUGGCAACAUGAGUAGAUAGUUUUCGGUAGGCCCAUUAGCAUCAUGUUAUACAAAUACACAUUAUGUACAAAAGUUUGUGGACACUUGUCCAUCACACCCACAAAGGCUUUUUGAACAUCCCAUUCCAGAUUUAGUCCUUCUUUGCCAUUAUAAUAACUUACACUC